CGCCCAGUCAUUCAUUCAUAUUUGGUCUUCCGGAAGUGUCUCAGGGUCGGGCCAGUCAGUGCCUGCGCGAGCUGACUCGUGGGAUUGAGUCCUUACAUGAGACAUUCAUGACUGAUGGCAGUGCCAGAGGCAUGGGUGAAUAUCAGCAGUUACAUCAGAUGGACAAGGAAAUGGUACCAUUACAUGGAUUAUGCAAGAUUUUGUGGCCCUGUCAGGCAAUAUUUCGAUGUUCUCUCAGGACUGACUUACUCCAUGAGUACUGAAUAAUGAUUUCUCUACUGCUGAAUGUACUGAGGUUGCUAUGCGAAAACAACAAACAUUGGACAGCUUAGGUGGGAUCAUUUCACAAAAUAAAUGGACUGAUCUUACUGCAACCAAAGAUUGUCAAAUGUCUGUGGGUCAAGAAGGCGAGUCAUCAGGUGAGGGGCUUUCAUUGAAGAAUGAACAUAAGGACAAGGUGCCCCCAGAUGGGUUUCCUGUCCCAUCACAAGAUCAGACAGAAAAUGUAAAGGAUUACAGCAAGCAGAAUUCACCAAAAUAUACAUCAAUCUCAGACCAGAUGAGUCCUCUUGAAAACCAGACGCCUAAAAAUAAAUGUGUCGCUUCUGAGGAAAAGACAAGAAGUCUACCAACAAACAUGCAGCUGAUACCCAAGAUGAAGUCUGAUAAUGCUAAGACAGACAUUUGUGAAGUAACAACCAAAGCUACAAACAUUGUUAACACCUCAACAAAUGAUUUUCUAGAGGUUAAGGUUCAACGACAAUCUGUUCUGAAUAAAGAUUUUCAUAAUGACAAGCUAGUGUCAUCUGAUGGAUGCAACCUUUUUGAGAAAAAGACGCAGGUCGUUGAUGUGGCACAUGCAAGAGGGAGUAAACCUGGCAUUGACAUGAAUGCAAACAUAGAAAAUUUAGAACAUACUAAAGAAUGCACCGAAGAUGAUAAAACACAAACUUUGGGUAGCGUAGGAGAGAAUAGACUUUUUCUCAGAACAAACUUGGCAAUGACAAGUGCAGGAAAAUCUCUGGGACAGUAUGAUCAAGACGAGGUAUUAGAUUUAAGUCUACCAAAAAAGAAAGAUCGCAAUAAUGAGAGGCAGUGUGAAUGGGUUGUAGACCCUGAAUUUGAAGGUUCACUUCACAUGGAAGUUGACGAAAUUGAAGAUGAACCCCAACAUGAUGAAGUGGAGCAGGAGGAUGAUAUUGGAUAUUGCUGGAUGCCUUCAGUAAGUGAUGCUCACGCAUAUCUCCCACAGCCUUGGGAUGCACAUUUGUCCUCCCCCUCGCUUGAAGCCAUGCAAUCUUCAUCGUACCCCAAUGCCAUAACCCCAGAGCCAGCGGAUACUCUACUUAUAGAUGACCAGGGCAUUCCUUACACACUCACCCUUGAUGGACAGAAAAUGCCACAAAUUGAUAAUAUACAAGAUGCUGAAAGGUUCACUGAGCAAACAGCCCAAAGCCCAAGGCAAGCUGAAGAUAAGCCCUCUUCAUUUGCUGGCGCACAGGAUAUUGCAGACUCUAGACUGCAGACACAACCUAAUUCACUGUGUCCAAAUAUGUCUCUUGGCCUUGUCUCUGAGGAAGCCUCACAAGUUACCUCAAACCAGGAGACUACAGCUUCUUCCAGUUCUGUAACUCGUGCAAAACCCACAAUCAUACCUGCUGUGUCUAACUUGGCAUCAGUUCCCAUUCAGAUCGUGGCCAAUACUACAGGGUCAAAUACUCCCAUUCUUCUCCUUCCUCCAUCUCAGCUUCAGUCACUUUCCUCACCAGCCUCUAAGGCUAACCCAGGACUAAUUACCCUUUCUUUACCAGUUUCUCUCAGUCAGAACACUCAGUCCUCCCCCAUGUUCUUAGUUUUGUCAUCUCCUCAGGUGUCUUCAACUCCGGGUUUGUCCUUGCCUGGGCAAUCAUCUCAAAUUUCCGCCUCUUCCACUGUUGCACUUCCCUUAGCCACGUGUCCCCUUGAUUUGGGAUCUACAUUAAUUUCACAUCCGUCACUUCUCAGCCUCAGCACGGUUUCCUCUGCCACAGCUAAAGACAUCUCAGGAUCCAAUAACCCCUCUAAUCUUCCUGCUAGCCCUACCUCAUCAACUGCUUCCUCUAGCACUUCAACAGUGACCUCUACAAGUCCAGCCAAGCAAUUCAGCACUGAUGCCUGCUCUGACACACCAGUGCCCACUUCCUUUCGGGAGGCUCUUCUCAGAUUGGCUGUGUCUGUGGAAAAAAAACAGGAAAACCAGACUGAGGCUCAAUCGGUCACUUCACCUUCCUCAUGUUCAGAAGCAACCAAGCCGGAUUCCUCUGCCACAGUCCAGGAAAUUAAAAACCAGGAGGUAAACUGUGACGGUGAAACUGAAUCUACCUGUGUGGACCAAGCAGACUCACUAGAUACCACCUCUUCCACCUCUCCCCUUUGUCCUGUAUCACCCACCAAUCCUUCAAAGAGCCAAGACUCUUUAGGGCCACGUCGCAUUCUUUACUGUCAGUAUUGUCCUCGGAUCUUCUACUAUCUCUCGGACCUUGAGCGCCAUUCCAUCACACACUCCCAAAGCAAACCCCAUGUGUGUCAACUCUGUGGCAAGGCAUUCAAAAGAUCAAGCCAUCUUGAGCGACACAAACACAUCCAUACAGGACAGAGAAACUUUGUGUGUCAGCUUUGCCCAAGGCGUUUUCGUGAAUCAGGGGAGCUAAUGAGACACCAGAGAGUACACACCGGUGAAAAACCCUUUCAAUGCUUAAUAUGCCAUAUGCGUUUUGCAGAGCGCAACACACUGCGACGUCACACAAAGCGCAAGCACCAAGGCCAGCAGCUGGAAGCAGUGGACAUGAAGGAGAAGCUAGAAAGUGGAGGGAUUUCCCUCGCUGGUGUGCAAGCAGAGGCAGAGGAGAAUGCAGAGUGGUACAGUUCAACAGUUCCUGAAAUGGAGUCCGACAGUGACACAGGGGGAGAAGGAACUACAUGAGGAUAUAAACAAUUAGGUCACCUUUUUUUUUUUUUACAAAACGGUUAGAUAUAAGAAUAGUUGUAUAUAUAUUUAAUUUAUUCUGUAUUGAUAUAACAAUUCCUUAUUUCUCAUUAGUUUCAGAUAAUUGUCUACAUUUCAUUCCUUUGAUACUUGAGGCUAUUACUGCUGAUGACUGAACGAGGCAAUAUUCACUCAAUCUUUAUUCUAAUAUGCUUUAGCUUUAAGAUAUUGAGUUUCAAAUCUUCAGUCAACUAUUCAUUUCAUUUUUUUUGCAUGCAUGCACGUCAUCUUUCCUCAUGGGUGUGAUGUAGCUUUUGUAAUAGACUAAAACACUCAUAAAUGCUCUUAAAAAUUUUACAUUGUGGUUCCUUGAAGUAACGAAAUAGUAACAAGGAUUUGCCAGGUCACUAUAUCUUUAACUCUCCAAAUUAUUUGGCCAAACUAGGCCUCACAUAUGCUUUUCUUCGCCAUUUUCUGCGUAUCAUGACUAAAGUGACCAUUCUUUUGUGACAAGAAGCUUGGGAAAUUUGCCUCUAAACAUGUUCAGUGCAAGCUCAUUCUUACUGCUUUGUUCAUUGUAACCUGCAGAGGGCAGUUUAAUAGCACUGUGACCUCAUUAUGCCUUUUCUCAUUCCACACAGCCAUUGCUUUCAUUUACAUUUUUGUCAUCUGUUGUGUCAUAUGCAUUUUCCAUAAUUUUCGCUAGUUCUUCAAAUAACUACUGAGUUAUCACAUAUUGGAUCUACUGCUAAUUCAGUUCCAUGCAUUUGACAGAAGGCUCACUUUGUGCCUCAUGAGAAGAACCAGACAGACAGCGGGCAUUUUUUGCUAUUUCUGCUGAGAAUUUUGUUACAAAUCUGCGGAUUUACGCGGAAUGAUUUUGGGAGGAUCUUAAUAAAAAAUUAAAUAUAUGAAAAAAAAAAAAAGAAUACAUUUUAAACUUUUAUUUCAUGUUUACAAUGCACAUGCAAUUAGAUACACUUUAUUUCAUAAACAAAGCCAGGCUCUUAUAUCUUAUAUCUAUUAAAAGACAGAAAUGAUUACUUUACAAACUGUAUUGUGCAUAAAUCAUAUCAAUAUUUUCAUGUUAGUCAGUAAUAUUACUGAAUUUAAUUUAAAACUUUAAUAAAUACAAAUUAAAACACAUUUACUCAAGUAAAAAAACAGAAUCAACGAUGGGCUAAAAAUCUGUUGAACUUUGCGUGCGUAGAUUCUGUGUGGGCCUACUCAUGAGCAACACUGAUAAAUACCAGUUUACUGUGGACAACUGAGGUUUUUUAACACAUUUGAUUGUUUCUGUAGAAUCUGCUGUACAUCUGUUAUGUACAAUUAAACAGGCCUAGGUUUUUUUUAAUUAUUGUUUUAGAACAUCCUCAGAUUUAUCCGCUAUAAAACAUCUUGCUGUGUGUUCCUUUUGGUUUCUGCCUCUAGGUUUUUCUAUAUUUUCAGAAGGGAGCAUGUGUGUACAACAAUAUUUUUCUUUUGCUGAAUGCUAAAUGCGGUGCUUUGUUCUUUUCUGAAUUAUUACAAAACUCUGACCUUCUUUCAGGGUCUGCUUAAUUUUCAUUGCUUUAAAUUAUGCUUUUAUAUGGACAAAGAAGGUUUUAUUACAUCUUCUGAACUAUUGCAGAAGGUUCUAGUUCAUCUGCACAUAUUAUUUGUGAUACAAAUUAAUUUAACUAUUUAUAUACAUUUUCACAGUGAUGUGCAGAUAUAAUUGUCUGGUGCUCUUGCACUUUUCUUUUUAUGCUGAUAAUGUUACAUUUAAACUUAGCAGAACAACUAACUAGUAGGUUAAAACCUGAAUAAAAACAGCUUGAGUGACUGAAAGGUUUAACCCUUGAUGAACAAUUCUGUUCUUGCAAUUUGCCAACCAAACUUUAAAUAACCAAACAUCAUGCACAGAAUGACCACCUUGGGUUAAUAUAAAAUUCUGUUGGUUAAACUUCAGAUUUGAUUAUGAAUCAGAAUAUUUGCACAGGCUAAUUAAAGCUUGUCAAUCCCAUCUUUUUUCCAUGCUCAAUUAACUUUGCUCUCAGCUCAUGGCAGCACGUAUUCUACAGAUAUUUUAUGCGCUGGACAAUAUCACUAAAUUUGAUUCACACAGUUGUUUACAUAGCUUUUUCAUAUAUAUUAAGACUGGUUUAGUGUGUUUUAUUAUUGAGCUCAUUUCACUGUUUAGCACAUGUUUAAAAUACAUAUUUGGUUCUUUCUUACAAGUUAAGGAGUGUGUUGUAACUGACUAAGAACAAUCUUGCACCAAUGAGAACUAUUUAUUUAUGGUGAAAAUGUUAUAUUUAAAAUGGUGUGUUAUGUCACAGAACACUUAUAUAUUUAAUACACAAUUUAAAAACAAGACUGUGGAUAUUUAAACAGCCUAAUUUCUGUAACCUGUGUCACAGGAUUUUAAAUAAAAUGAAUCAAAUUCA